AUGUAUGACGGCGCUGGUCUCGUAGCCGACAGCGUUUCCCUUGGCAAGCCCAUGGUCUUUGUUGCCGUCAACUACCGUGUUGGUGGCUUUGGCUUCCUGCCGGGUGCUGAGGUCCUGGCUGAUGGCGCGUCCAAUCUGGGCCUGCUCGACCAGCGCAUGGGACUCGAGUGGACGGCCGACAACAUUGGCUAUUUCGGCGGUGACUCCGGCAAGGUUACCAUCUGGGGCGAAUCGGCCGGUGCCAUCUCGGUGGCUGACCAGAUGAUGCUCUACAACGGCAACAAUACAUACGACGGUAAGGCCCUAUUCCAUGGUGCCAUUAUGGACUCUGGCUCGAUUGUGCCUGCGGACCCCGUCGACUGCCCCAAGGGCCAGGCUGUUUACAACCAGGUGGUCGCCAAGGCGGGCUGCUCGAGCUCUUCGGAUACGCUGUCCUGCCUCCGCACCGCGCCCUAUAAUACAUUCCUAAACGCCGUCAACUCCGUGCCGGGAAUUUUGUCGUACAGCUCCGUCGCCCUCUCGUACCUGCCGCGUCCAGAUGGUGUCGUCUUAGUUGACAGCCCCGACGUUUUAAUUAGGAACAACAAGUAUGCCGCCGUGCCGAUGAUCAUUGGUGACCAGGAAGACGAGGGAACGCUCUUCUCGCUCUUCCAGAGCAACAUCACCAACACCAACCAGCUGGUGACCUACUUAUCCGACUACUUUUUCCACAACGCCACCACCGCCCAGAUUCAGGCCCUUGUCGCCACUUACCCCGACAACGCCAGCGCAGGCUCGCCCUUCAACACUCUGCUGCUCAACGAGGUCUACCCAGAGUUCAAGCGCCUGGCCGCCAUCCUCGGUGACCUUGUGUUUACCCUGACGCGGCGUGCCUUCUUGGCCGAGACCAACAACCUCAACCCGUCCGUGCCUAGCUGGUCCUACCUCGCCAGCUACGAUUACGGCACCCCCGUUCUGGGCACCUUCCACGCCAGUGAUCUGCUGCAAGUCUUCUACGGCAUCCUGCCGAAUGCCGCCAGCAAGAGCAUCCACAGCUACUACUUCAACUUCCUGUACAACCAGGACCCCAACAACGCCUCCGGCGGUACCAGCAGCACUGCUAGCCGGGUCAGCCUUAACUGGCCACAAUGGGGUGCGGGCAACCAGCUGGUGCAGUUCUGGGCCGCGACGUCGAACCUGUUGGCCGACAACUUCCGCAACUCCAGCUACACCUGGCUCGUUUCCAACAUUGCGUCGCUGCACUUCUAA